GGUCGCUCAACCAGAGAAGAAAAUCUCUCUCUCCCAAUCUCUUCUUCUUCUUCCUCUUCCUCUUCGGCGUUUUCUUUCUCUACUUCCAACUGAAAUUGGUAUUCUCUUUCAUUCCUUAGCCUCCAUUAACUCUUAAUUUUUCUUCUUCUUCUUCUGAGUGAUGGGUGUGAGCUACCCCUUCUGUUGCACUUCUGAUAUAACGGUGAGCCUCACCACAAGCUUCUUCCGCCAUAAGCCGUAGACAAAGUGUUUGAAGAUAUGUCUGUUUGAGAUUUCUCGGGAAUUCGUAUUUAGGACGACGGCUGGUUUGCUAUGGCGGGUGGGCGGGUAUAUGGCGAUUCCAAUAACAUGACCGUUGUGUUUCAAAACGAAGAGAUUCCUUGCUCUGCACAGUCUCUUGAGGGUAUCUUGAUUUCUUCCUCUUCUCUUUCUUUCCGCGGUUCGAGUACCAUGGUAAACUUUGAGGAUUUUGGUAGAAGAAACCAACCAGACAAAUCUUUUUUCCGUUCACUUGAGCAGGAAGAUAAUGGUGAUGACGACUUGGAUGAAUGCUUUCAUCAACCUGAGAAGAAGAGAAGGCUUACAGCUGACCAAGUCCAGUUUCUUGAGAAAAACUUCGAGGUGGAAAAUAAGCUUGAACCAGAAAGGAAAAUCCAACUUGCAAGAGACCUUGGAUUACAGCCUCGACAAGUUGCCAUAUGGUUUCAAAACCGGCGAGCUCGGUGGAAAACGAAGCAGUUGGAGAAGGAUUAUGAUGCUCUUAAAGCAAGCUACAAUAGUCUCAAGGCUGACUAUGACAACCUUCUCAAGGAGAAGGGCAAACUGAAAACUGAGGUUCUUUUCCUUACAGACAAGCUGCUCCUCAAAGAGAAAGAGCUGGGAAACACAGAAUCCUCUGAUCAGAAGGAACUGUCUGGUACACCACCUCAGAAUUCCAUUUCUAAUCCAGCAUCAGGCGAGAAAACAUCUAGUGUUACAGUUGUCUGUAAACAGGAAGAUAUCAGUUCAGCCAACAGUGAUGUCUUUGAUUCCGACAGCCCACGAUAUACUGAUGCAGGCCACUCUCCUCUUUUGGAGCCCGCUGAUUCUUCUCAUGUGGUAGAACCAGACCAGUCUGAUCUCUCUCAAGAUGAAGAAGAUAACUUGAGCAAGAGCCUAUUUCCUUCUGCUUGCAAUUUCCACAAUUUCCCAAAGCUUGAAGAAGGCCUUUACUUGAACGACCCACCUGCAAAUUCUUGUAAUUACGGAUUCCCAGUCGAUGAUCAGGCCUUUUGGUUCUGGUCUUACUGAGUAAUUACUGCUACAUAUGCAUCAGUAGUUCUCUCAUUUCUGUCAAAUAUAUAUAUAUGCUUUAAAUAAUCAAUUGUAUAAGCAAUAAAGACCAAUUAAUGGACACCCCAAACCAGGAGGUGGUGGUGGUGGCCUGGUGGGUUUGUUCAUUGUUGGAAAUGGUGGCUUUUGCACCUUUUGUAAUUUGUCUAUGCGAGGUCUCUGUGAGCUCACUAGGCCUUUUGUAUGAAUGUAAAUUUCUUUUUGUUGUGAGGAAACUUUUAAUUUCUAUGUA